GUAAUUUUCGUGCAAGCACGCUAAAGUUCAUUAACACCUUAAUGCCUGCCAUCUGCAAAACUACACUUCCCAGGAGGCAGAAGAGUCGGGCGCAUGCGCGUCUCCUGCCUCCAGCAUGGCCACGGUGUUGUCACGGGCGCUGAAGCUGCCAGGUAAGAAGAGCCCAGACCUUGGGGAAUAUGACCCUCUCACUCAGGCUGACAGUGAUGAGAGUGAAGAUGACUUGGUCCUCAAUUUGCAGAAGAAUGGUGGAGUUAAAAAUGGGAAAAGUCCCGUAGGGGAAAUCCAGGAUGUGGAUUCUGAUGUGGAAACUGGUACAGCCAAGCAGCAUCUCUCAGAGGGUAUCACAGAAGAGUACCCAAGUGAAAUGAACAAUGGUUUGGAGCAGAAGACAUCCAGUUCCUUAAUGCCUUAUUUGCGCACAGCCAUCUUUUUACUCACUGUAGUUAUCUCCAUGAUCCUUGUGCUGGUGUGUGCUUUCCUCAUUCCUUGUCCACCAAGAGACUUGCAUAAUACUUGGAUUCACAAUCUAGGUCAAGUAGCAGAUGGAGUUCUGUUUCCACCAGAACUUUUUGAUGUAAAUAAUGAUGGUCUCCCUGAUGUCUUACUCUCCUUCACAGCUUUGAAAAAUGCUAGUGUAUUGGGUGUCUCCACACCAUGGGUAACAAUAAUAGCACUUUCGGGUAUGAACGGCAGCAUCUUAUGGUCCAGCCAUGUUAAAGAAGGGAUUCUGGGUGUGCAGUGUAAGAAUUUGGACUCUGCAUUUUCUGCACAGCCUGUCUGUCUUGUUACUGGGACCUCUGCAUUCCUCAGUCUUCUGAGUGCCCCAUCAGGGAAGCCAGUUUGGACCUUUGAUACCUCCCACUUUUCUAAUGGAAUCUUGGCUGCUCCAGCUGUUAUUAUACCUGAUGUGGAUGGAGAUCGCAUCAGCGAUUUGAUGGUCUUGACUCUUGGAAAAACACAGCCAGAAUUAAGCUUUAUCCUGAUAUCGACUAAAACUGGAAACCCAGUGGGAGGACCUGUGAAGUACAGUAUCAAUAGAAGUGGAAAACUGAUUAAUCCACAGACUUAUAUCACCUGCCAUGGAGCAGUCUACAUCCUGUUUGGCUUUGGUAAAAUGUCCAGUUGCUUUCUUAUUCUUAUUUCUUUUACUCAUUAUUUCUUUUUCCUCUCUGCAUCUUGCAGUGAUGGCGUUGUGUUUCUACAGGCAGUGAAAUCUCCUGACAGCAAUUGCAGUGACCUUUUGAUCACCACUGAACAUGGUUUGACUUUACUGCGAGGUCAAGAUUUAGAACAGCGUUGGACUCUAGAGCAGCCAGAUAUUGACAGCCAGCCUUGCCCGGGAUACUUCAAUGAUGAUCAAACUGUGGACUUCAUGCUUCAGGCCCAGCAUGGAAAUGUCUCUAGAAAGAUUCUGGUUGUGGAUGGUAAAUCAGGAUUGCCAGUUUGGAAUUAUGAGCUGCCGUAUCACAUGAGGAAAUCAGAUGCACUGUCAGUGCUGACUUUGGACAAAAAAUCUGUCUUUCUUUUCUGGGCUAAUGAGAAGCAAUCUCUCUUCAAAAGCUUGGAACCCAGGCCAAGGACUCACCAUCUUUAUCUUCUUCAUCCUACUUUCCCUUCAGUCCUUUUGGACCUGAGUAAUACGACAGACCCAGUAAUUGCUUCGUCUAUUGGAAUAAAUGAUCUUCAAAAAGAUGCCUUUUAUAUUAUGGUGACAAGAAGCCCCACUUCUGAACACCAGCCAGGGGUUCUGUCAGUUAGGAAGCUCCGCCUGAGGUGGGCCUUGAUGACACAGAGCCGGGAUGUACCUCUGAAAGACACAGAUCCCAAAAUCAAUCAUGGGGAACUGAGGCGGAUUCUUUCUAGGAUCAAAUUUAUUGAUUUUGCUCAGAAGUUCUAGCCAUAUAUCUCAGGUGUUCUGAGUGACAAAUAUGGAGCUCAAUGUCUACAAUCAAGCUGGUCAGUCAGACUUUAUGAAAACUCCGGUUAAUGAAGAAUGGGAACUAAGCCCAGAUGUUUUAGCACUGGGGAAGCCAAACUGUUCAUCCUUAAGUAUCCUGACUUGAAGAAAAGCUGCUUGUCCCUUUGUUUGCUAUUACAUGUCUGCAUACUUCUUUCCAGGUGGAUUGAAUGUAUUUAAACCGGGAUAUUGGGGUAUGGGUAUUGUUAUCUUAAUUUAUGAAAUAUAUUAAAAAGUUCCUAUUUAUGUUGUAGAAGUAUUUAAGCUCCUAUUUAUAUUGUAGAGGUAUUUCAGUGUACUCUGCCUUUCACCACUAUUCCUUUGACUGACACCCUUCACUCUGAGUUCCUUCAGUUUUUUAAACCUCCUUUUGUUUUAGGAUUACUCUUUUUUCCCAUUUAGUCAUUCCAAUCUUCCAUGUCUCAAUCCAUAAUCCUCAGUGAAUGAUAUUAUGUGUCCUAGUGCCGCUUGACUGCAUGCAUACAUAAAUGCAUGCAUUAAUUCAUUCAUUCAGAGCCAGAUGGCUUAGCUACUGAAAGUUAGUCUAGUGACCAUCAAAUCUUCCAAAUGAGUCUAGAAUCAAUCUAUUCAAUUUAUAGUGGAGUUUUAUAUAACCAAUGGAUAAAAUGUUUGGUUUAAUGCUCUUGUAUAUUGACCAUAUGAAUUCUGAUCAGACAUUCCCAAGGAAACAGCACUAUAGAUGCUUUUGAUGUUAGUAUUACACAAACUUUGAUAUUACCUCCUAAAAUAGAACUUGUCUAUCAUUAAACAAGGUGAUGGUUCUACUAUCUUCUCAUAAUGUGUGUUUUGCUUUAAAGCAUUAAAAAUACUACUUCUGAAAGAAGAUACAAUUGAAGUUUUUUCAUAAAAACAUGAGAGCUCUAAAGAGUAAGAUUAAACAUCUGUUUAUUCUAGCAUCCUUUUCUGGCUGAACAUAUACCUUUAGAAAAAUCGCUAGCCAUUUCCUGCUCCUAUUCCCCAGUACACAUUUUGGUGACUCCAUUGCUUACAUUCCUCCUUUAUGAGAAAUGUCAAUUUAUUCCUGGAUCAGGUACGGAUCAGGACUACUGCCUUGGCAAUGUAAGAGGAAUUGCCAUACUGGAUUGAAUUCAAGAUCUGUAUAUAAUCCCUUUCAAAUGUGUUUAUCAGCUUUUAUCCUCCCAGUAAUUCUGAAGCAGUGCCUCACUCUACUGCUCUAUUUUUAUUUGUAUAUGUUGGAAAGGAGCUUUGCUAAAUGUUAGCACAAUUUAUAGCACUUGUCUUCCUCACUGCCACCUCCUGGGCUUCUUCUGGUUUUUCAGAUAACUUAAAUAUAUAAGAUAGUCUUCCCUAAUUUGGUGUCUUUCAGCUUUAUUGGACUGCAACUCCCUUAACAGUUUAAGGCCCUGCUAUGUAGCAGUAACAAUCUUAACACAAUCAUAAUAUGUAUGUCAUAAAUGUUUUGAGUGUAUUUCCCAUAGAUGCUUCACACGGCAGUUUGAUAUAUCUGAAAGGCACCCAGUUGGAGAAAGCAGUACCCACAUUGCUUCCAGAGUUUCUUGAACAAGGAAAAAAAUCUGUGUUGCUCAUCCUGUUGGCAAAUUUUGAAAACUACUUGAAAUGAUGACAUGCAACCUGAGUUUCUCCCUUCAGUUCAGAUUUGAUUUAUGCCAUUUGGUGCUUUUGAACUUUCUGCAAUUGUUUUUUUCUCUCUCCCUGUAUUCCCUAUGCACUUUAAAGAAAAGGCUUGUCUGUAUGUUGUUCUAAAUCUUACUGGAAGAAAUAAAUAUGUACAGCAUA